GUCACAGUGUCAUGGCGGCGAGCGCUUCGGCUGUGUCAGUUUUAACUCCUAAUGGCAGAAGACAGACUGUCAAAGUGUCUGCAAACACUCCUUUAUUGCAGGUUCUUGAGGAUGUGUGUAAGAAACACGGAUUUAAUCCUGAUGAACAUGGACUCAAGUUUCAGAGGAAUGUUCUAGAUCUGUCUCUGCAGUGGCGUUUCGCUGGUCUGCCCAACAAUGCUAAGCUGGAGAUGGUGUCGCGGUCACGUCAGCAGGCGGCUGUGGAGAGCGCGGUGCGAAUCGCGCUGCAGAUGGAGGACGGCUCUCGUCUCCAGGACUCGUUCUCCAGUGGACAGACAUUAUGGGAUUUACUCAGCCACUUUCCCCAAACCAGGACGUCUGAUCUGGACUCAUCUGGACUCACACCAGUGUGUGUUUACAUGAGAGACGAGGUCAGCGGUGAGGAUGCGCUGAAGAAGACCACACUGAAGUCUCUGGGUCUCACAGGUGGAAGUGCCAUCAUACGAUAUGUGCUGAAAGGCUCCUCGUGUCCUGAUGCGCCAGUGGAUGCGGUUGCCACGCCAACAGAUGCUGUUGCCAAGACAACCAAAUCACAGCCCCCUCCACCAGAAACAGCACCCCACCCUGCGGAGCCAGCCCCUGUUCCUAUGGAAACCCCGGCUCCACCCACUGAGGUCGUCGUCCCUCUGAACCAUCAUCCGGUCAAACGAGAAGAGGCGGAGCCAAGCACGAGAUCAAAGCAAAUAGUGCGGCCCAAAACCCAGGAGAUGGCAGAGGAUGACGAGCGGCCAGGGCCGUCCAAUCAGUGCCAUGACCCUGCCCCCUCGGCCAUGCCCACACCCAUUGACUUUGUGCCGUUCUCAGGCAGUGGGCAGCGUCUUGGAGGACCAGGCGGAGUGAAGAGCUCCACAUCAUGGACGUCAGCCUGUGUGUCCGGCAGCCCACCCAAAGCCAAGAAACCCAAACCCAGCCACGAGAUCAAGAGAUCAGCCAGUGCCAAACAAGUGAAGAGGGAUGAGGAGGAGCCAGACCAAUAUCUGGAGCCGGUGGACAGGGACCCUCUGGUGUUCCACCUGGACUCUGCAUCCCGUCGCCAUGAUGACACAGAUCUCCCCGACGAGUUCUUCGAGGUGACGGUGGACGAUAUUCGCAAGAGAUUCGCUCAGCUGAAGAGCGAGAGGAAGAGUCUUGAAGAAGCUCCUCUGAUGACGCAAUCUCUGAGAGAGGCUCAGACAAAGGACAAGCUGGAGAAAUACCCUAAAGUGGCGUUGAGGGUUCAGUUUCCAGACCGACAUGUUCUUCAGGGCUUCUUCAGGCCUCUAGAGACAGUCUCUGCUGUCAGAAGUUUCGUCAGAUCUCACCUGCAGGACCCACACAUGCAGUUUUACCUGUUUGUUGCUCCACCCAAAACCAUCCUCGACGAGCCGAAUGUCACACUAUUCCAGGCGAGUCUGUUUCCCGCUGCUCUGGUGUAUUUCGGCUCGGACGCGUCCGCAGAUGGUUUCCUGCGCUCUGAUCUCCUGGAUGUCAGUGUCUCCGCCCUGCAGGCUGAUGAACUCAUAGCAGGCUGUAUGCCUCGCUCUCCUCCUCCUGCAUUCUCUUCUUCUUCUGCUCCUCCACACCUCCUGCAGUCUUCUCCAGAGUCCUGUCAUUCCUCCCGCCAGCAGGGGGCAGCAGAGGACAACACUGACCCACACACCACUGCAGACCGACCCAACCACACAGACAGCGCAAAGGUGCCAAAGUGGCUCAAACUACCAGGUAAAAAGUGACGUCGGCUGAGGAUGGACAAGAGUCUCUGCUGUAGAUCAAUAGGUUAAUUAAUGACAAUAAUUGGUUUAAAGCUUCAUCGAUUAAACUCACGUUGUUAACCUUCA